CGUCGUCGCUCGGUAUCGUCGAGUCUCUAUUUUCUGCAGACGUGUUUGGUUUCUGUUAACCAUCUGUGAUAUUUAAUGGUCAUUACUAUUGGAUUAAAAAGUGUAUUAGAGAUUAAAAGUUUUGUUUUUGUGUAAUUCUCACACAUUUCAAUCGAUUUUCCGCUACAACGUUCACCUUACCGGGUGCGGUUCCCGGCAAAAAUAACUCGUUAAGAUUUUCUUGUGAAUCGUCAAAGAAGAAAAAAAAAUCGUAGAAAUAGAAAAUCAAUAAUUCCGUGCCUUUGCAACGAAGCAGUUGUUCGAACAGCAAUAAAAAAAAGUAAUUAAGCAAGUGUUAAAAAAAAUCGAUUAAGCAAUGUUAGCAGUUAGUCAAUCGCAUCAAAGGAACCUCGACGACGAAGAGGAUCUCCUGAAAAAAUUGGAUCAGUCCACAGUUGCUCGUCGUCCGAACGAUCACUUCCUCGAAUCGGGUCCCAUCAUCUACGAUGAGUACGACGAGGGAGCAAAGUGCGAAAACUGUAAAGAGGAUUGUCCCGGUUACCAAUCGCAUGAAUGGAGAAAAACAUGUCAGGCAUGUAAGUGUCCCCGAACCGAUCACGCCAUUUACAACGAACAAAUGACAUCGGUAUGCGAGAGAAUUGGCUUCAAGUCAGAUGCGCUUCUGACGAGCGUCUCUUCCGUCGGAACUGUCGAUCCAAAGCAAAUGGGGUACAUUUGGGUGCCGCCAGGAUUAUCAACGUCUGCCAAGAUUCAACAAUAUUUCAACCAACUUCCAUCGGAAAAAGUGCCUAAACUCAAUACGAGUGGAGAAAAAUAUCGCAAUAAAAUGCUCUUAUAUCAAUUACCAAAACAGGAUUUGGCUUUGGCGUAUUGCAAGUACGUCGAUAAGGAACAUACGGGAUCGUAUGAGGAUUUUAUCACGGCGCGGAAUGAAAUUGCAUUAGAUAUUGGAUAUGUGAAGGAAGCUCCGGCAAAAGCAAGUUGUAAUAAUUGUACAAAAAAUUUGCAAUCGAAUGAAUUGGCUGUCUAUGCACCUAAGUUAAGGGAUAAUAUGAAUUUUCAUCCAAAUUGCUUUACCUGUUCGAAAUGUGAUGAGCUAUUAGUAGAUCUGACUUACUGCGUUUACGAGGACAAAAUUUACUGUGAACGUCAUUACGCGGAAAUCCUAAAGCCGAGAUGCAGUUCCUGUGAUGAGUUAAUUUUCAGUGGUGAAUACACAAAGGCCAUGAACAAGGACUGGCAUUCGGGACACUUUUGCUGCUGGCAAUGCGACGAGAGUCUCACGGGACAACGUUACGUCUUGCGCGACGAGCAUCCCUAUUGCAUCAAGUGUUACGAAAAUGUCUUCGCCAAUAACUGCGAGGAGUGCAGCAAAACCAUUGGAAUUGACUCAAAGGAUUUGUCUUACAAAGAUAAGCAUUGGCACGAAGCCUGCUUCUUGUGCAACAAAUGCCGCGUCUCAUUAGUGGACAAGCAAUUUGGCGCCAAAGCCGAGAAAAUCUACUGUGGCAACUGCUACGAUACCCAAUUCGCGUCACGUUGCGAUGGAUGCGGAGAAAUCUUCCGUGCUGGUACCAAGAAAAUGGAAUACAAGACCAGACAAUGGCACGAAAAAUGUUUCUGCUGUAAUGUAUGCAAGACGCCAAUUGGAACCAAGAGCUUUAUUCCACGUGAGCAAGAAAUUUAUUGCGCUGGAUGUUAUGAGGAGAAAUAUGCAACUCGUUGCGUAAAAUGCAAAAAGAUCAUUACAUCCGGAGGUGUUACUUACAAAAACGAUCCAUGGCAUCGUGAGUGCUUUACAUGUACCAACUGUGAAACCUCAUUGGCUGGCCAACGUUUCACGAGCCGUGAUGACAAGCCAUACUGCGCCGAUUGCUUUGGCGAAUUGUUUGCCAAACGUUGCACUGCUUGCUCUAAGCCAAUUACUGGAAUUGGCGGCACCCGCUUCAUCUCAUUUGAAGAUCGUCACUGGCACAACGAUUGCUUUAUCUGUGCUACAUGCCAAACUUCACUAGUCGGACGUGGCUUUAUCACCGAUGAAGCUGACAUCAUCUGCCCCGAAUGCGCCAAGCAAAAGUUGAUGUAAAUCACUCACAUCUCUAAAAAAAAAAUAAUAAUUAAAAAAAAAAUCAGUUUUAUUUAAAAAAUAAAAAAAAAUACGCAGAACAAACAUUUCACACUCACCAUAUUUAAAAAAAAAGCAAAAAAAAAAAAUGAAGAGCAAAAAAUAUAUUUAAUUUUACCAUUUUUAUUAUCAUUUAUAUUAUUAUUAUGAUUAUAUUGUAAACUCUUAUACUCACACAAACACCUUCUUCUCUCCUUAGAAAAAAAAAUGCAAAAUAUUAUUAUAUGCUCGUGUUGACGCUUCUUGUUGAUUAAUUAAAAAAAAAA